GACCACAACUGUAUAUAUAUAUCUUCUCACUCAUAUGUUUUCUUUAUUUUCAUGACCCUUUACAACGGGGCCAACAAGUGCUAAACACCUCUGGGAACUUCUUCAAGACAGUUGGAAAAACAUUUCAGAACUUCCACAGCAUCAUGUCUGGGAAAAAAAGAUGGCUCUGACUGACCAGCAGCUCUCUAAACAGAAAUGGACCUCCAGUUUGGACCAGAAGGAACCAGAACCUCCACUGAUGAAAGAGGAACAACAAGAACUCCUUAUCCAUCAGCAUGAAGGGCAGUGUCUUCUGAAGCAGGAAGUUGUUACCUUCAUGGAGCCUUCACCUUCUGAAGAAAUAGACUGUCAUGAACCAGAACCAAACAAGAACCAACCCUUGUGUCAGAGUACUACAGAAGCUGAGAACCAAGAUCAGGGUGGAUGCAGGAAAGAAAACUUAGAAUCAAACAGCAAUGAAAAACUGACACGUAAUAAAAUAUGCCAAUCCAAAGAUCACAGAGACAGUGUAGAUGAUAAACAAAAAAGGCACAUGAGAACUCACACAGGUGAGAAGCCAUAUUCAUGUAAAACUUGUGGUAAAUGUUUUAGUGAAAGAGGUAGCUUGACUACACACAUGAGAACUCACACAGGUGAGAAGCCAUAUCUAUGUAAAACUUGUGGUAAAUGUUUUAGUGAAAGAGGUAGCUUGACUACACACAUGAGAACUCACACAGGUGAGAAGCCAUAUCCAUGUAAAACUUGUGGUAAAUGUUUUAGUGAAAGAGGUAGCUUGACUACACACAUGAGAACUCACACAGGUGAGAAGCCAUAUCCAUGUAAAACUUGUGGUAAAUGUUUUAGUGUCAGAGGUAACUUGACUACACACAUGAGAACUCACACAGGUGAGAAGCCAUUUCAAUGUAAAAGUUGUGGUAAAUGUUUCUCACAGGGUGCUGCUUUGAUUUAUCACAAUAGAACUCACACAGGAAAGAAGCCAUAUCCAUGUAAAACUUGUGAUAAACGUUUUAGCGGCAGUGGUUCCUUGACUAAACACAUGAGAACUCACACAGGUGAGAAGCCAUAUCCAUGUAAAACUUGUGGUAAAUGUUUUAGUGUCAGAGGUAACUUGACUAAACACAUGAGAACUCACACAGGUGAGAAGCCAUUUCAAUGUAAAAGUUGUAGUAAAUGUUUUUCACAGAGUGCUGCUUUGAUUUAUCACAUGAGAACUCACACAGGCAAGAAGCCAUUUCAUUGUAAAACUUGUGGUAAAUGUUUUAGCGGCAGUGGUCACUUGACUAAACACAUGAAGACUCACACAGGUGAGAAGCCAUUUCAAUGUAAAAGUUGUAGUAAAUGUUUCUCACAGCGUGCUGCUUGGAUUUAUCACAUGAGAACUCACACAGGCGAGAAGCCAUUUCAUUGUAAAACUUGUGGUAAAUGUUUUAGCGGCAGUGGUUCCUUGACUACACACAUGAGAACUCACACAGGUGAGAAGCCUUAUUCAUGUAAAACUUGUGGUAAAUGUUUUAGUGUCAGUAGUUCCUUGACUACACACAUGAGAACUCACACAGGUGAGAAGCCUUAUUCAUGUAAAACUUGUGGUAAAUGUUUUAGUGUCAGUGGUCACUUGACUAAACACAUGAGAACUCACACAGGUGAGAAGCCUUAUUCAUGUAAAACUUGUGGUAAAUGUUUUAGUGACCGUAGUCACUUGACUAAACACAUGAGAACUCACACAGGUGAGAAGCCUUAUUCAUGUAAAACUUGUGGUAAAUGUUUUAGUGUCAGUAGUUCCUUGACUAAACACAUGAGAACUCACACAGGUGAGAAGCCUUAUUCAUGUAAAACUUGUGGUAAAUGUUUUAGUGUCAGUGGUCACUUGACUAAACACAUGAGAACUCACACAGGUAAGAAGCCUUAUUCAUGUAAAACUUGUGGUAAAUGUUUUAGUGUCAGUGGUCACUUGACUAAACACAUGAGAACUCACACAGGUGAGAAGCCUUAUUCAUGUAAAACUUGCGGUAAGUGUUUUAGUGACCUUAGUCACUUGACUACACACAUGAGAACUCACAUUAUAGCAUUGAAUUGCUAAAGCCUCAUACUCCAACCCGAGCCCUCAGGUCCACAAACUAGAACCUUCUAGAAGUUCCAAAGACCAAUUAUAGAAGUCCAGGUGAUGGCUCCUUCCAGACUGUUGCACCCUGACAUUGGAGUGUUCCUCCUUUUAGCCUUACGUAGUCUUGACAGUCUGGACACUUUAAAAAAACAGCAGAAGACCCUUUCAUUUAAAGCUGCCAUUUCUAAAUAUUGUAUUUUCUUAUUUUUAACUCAAAUUUGUAAUCAUCUUUCCGUUGUUUAAUGGUAUUUUAUAAAUAUGAGACUUAGAUUUUUAUUUCUGUUUUAAGAUCACUAUGAUUUUAUGACUUAAUGAUUUGUUUUGAUCUUUGUGAAUGUGAAACACCAUGUGAUUUUCUGUCUGUGAUGAGUGCUAUAUAAAUAAAAUGUACAUACAUGUGAAAAGCCAUA